CAAGUAACGCCUGGUGGUUUUAGACUUUUAAAACGGGAUACGAACAUUUUCGUUUCUGCGAACAAACAAAAUCAUGGAAUUUCAAUAUGUUUAUGUAACUAAAAGUUGACUAGGCAAUAAGAAAAUGCUUUCUUUUUAUAUGUGAGUAUGGAAGAUCAACACUUACCAGUGAUCCCCAGUUUCUAAGUCAAGAAAAUGGAUAAAGUUAGGAGGAGCAAUUUGGUUCCCUCGCCAUCCGAAACGAGAAAACAACCAAUGCGAAUAGAAUCUUCAACAGCGUCUAUUACCAUAGGGUAUCCAAGUCCUUCUAAAAAGCGGUCCGAUGGAAUGGCAACCAAAACACUGGUGUUCUUUAUUCUUACGUUUCAAGCCGCGUGUUACUUUUUAAUGGUCAGAUAUUCGCGUACUAGAAAGGGGAACAUGUAUUUCUCCUCGACUGUUGUUGUUAUUACGGAACUUGUGAAGCUUUGUUUUUCCGUUGUCGUCAUCUUCUGUCAGAGCCCACGAAACUUUGGAGAUUUUUUAAUCGACAAGUUAUUCUCUCAGCGCUGGACAUUCUUGAAAUUGUCUAUUCCUUCCUUGCUCUACACCAUGCAGAAUAAUUUGCUGUACCUUGCGAUGACUCAUCUAGAUGCCGCCACAUUUCAGAUAACCAACCAGUUAAAGAUAAUGACCACUGCAUUGUUCUCCAUCCUUCUUCUCAACAAGAGCAUCUCACGCAAGCGUUGGUUCUACUUACUCAUGCUGAUGAUAGGUGUGGCUGUAGUUGAGAUUGAACUACACCGCAAAAUUGCUGCAAAAAUGAACAAAAAGGAAGCAGAUGCUGCUUCAAAAUCCUUCCUCAUUGGAUUUCUAUCAGUAUUGGCUGCAUCGGUUAUCUCUGGAUUUGCUGGUGUGUUUUUAGAGAAAAUAGUCAAACACAAGAGCACAUCCUUAUGGAUCAUGAAUGUUCAUUUGUACUCUUGGGGGGUUUGCUUGGGGGUAUUGGGGGUAGUACUCAAGGAUGGGUACCAAAUCUCUCAGCUUGGGUUUUUCUAUGGUUAUGAUUCAGUUGUAUGGACAGUAGUUGCCCUGGCCUCUGCUGGUGGUAUUUUGGUGUCCUUGGUUUUGAAAUAUGCAAGUACUAUCACCAAAGGUUUUGCUACGUCUUGUGCCAUAGUGUUGUCAAGUCUUGCAUCUGUUAUUAUAUUUGGAUUUGAUCCAAGCAUUUAUUUCAUUUUAGGAGCCUUUCUUGUUGUUUUUGCUGUUAUUCUUUAUGGCAUUUAAUAAUAUUUAUUGAACUAAUAAUACAAAUCUAGGGCUGGUGUAAACAUUAAUAUGUUUACAUAGUAUUUUAGUAUUAGUUUUAAUAUUUAAAAAAAAUUCAUUUUUUUUUUAAAUUUAAAAUAUUCAAAGGCCUGCUAUGGCCUUAGGACAGGAAUACUUUAAUUAUACUGAACAAAACUAUUUUAAAUUGAAUAAGGGAAAUUAUUUCAAAUGAUUUUUGGAAUAACAUAUGUGAUAUUAUCAAUCAAUCUAUUUUCAAAACAUGUUUUACAAUGAUAGUUUCAAAUUAAUAAAAUGAACAAGUGAUUGACAUAUUUUUUUUUAUAGAAUGGCUUUUAAAAACCCGCGAAAUACUAUUUAGUUUAUUUAGUACUAAUGCACUGUAAUGUCUUUGUUCUCUUUUGUUCUUGCUUGACUAUUACACUUUAACAAUUGCAUUUUGUUGCACGGGAUUUUGAAAACCACUCUAUUAUACAUAAUUACAUCCUUUUGAUCUCCUUGUGUCUUUUGGUUGUCUGAAAAUGACUAGUUUUGUCUAAAAGCUUAGUUUUAUUAGUUUUAAAGCGACUUUAGUCUUUGGUAAACUUUCAUUGCAAGGUUUGUCUUUGAAAAAAGUUAGAUGUUCUAAUUAAUGAUAAAAAAGUGCUUGGUGUGUAGUUUGAGAUUAUAAGGCAUUGUCUUUUUCAUGUUUGGGACUUUGGGCUAGGGAAUCAACACUAGAUACCACAUUUAGAUCACUUUGAUGUAUGCCAUCAAAUAAAAAAUAAGUAUACAAGAUAUAGUGGCAUGGGAAAUAAAAUUUUGGUUUGGAAUUAA